UUUCCUCCCCUGGAUAGACAUUUGGCGUUUGCUGAGGUUUGAGACCAAAACCGAAAUUCCAGACCAUUUUUGGCUGGUGGGCUAAAGCUGCGUUCUCUGAUGGGUUACAUGGCGUGCGUUUGAUCCUGGGGUGUGCUCUACGCGAUGGCCGCGUCGGGCGGACGGAAGAGCGAGAAGUUGGACGAGGCGCAGGCGUUGGCCCGGAGCUGCGCGGGGAGACCGGACUUUCUCCCGUGCGACGGACUGUCCAUCUGCGCCACACACAGCCAUGGGAAGUGCUUCAAGCUCCACUGGUGCUGCCACUUGGGAUGGUGUCACUGUAAAUAUGUGUACCAGCCGAUGACCAACGUGUGCCGCCUCCCCAGCACCCCAGUGCCUGCCACGCCCACAGACCACCCCCAUACCAUGGACCUGACAGUCUCAUUGGCCGAACGCUUCCUCAUGACCGCCCCCGCCUUCCAAGCCCCGCCCUGCCUGGAGUCGCCAAAGUUCUGCAUCAUCUCAGACCUCUUCGUGGACGACUACAUGGUCAAACGCAUCAAUGGGAAGAUGUGCUAUGUCCAGAGACCUCAACCUUCAACCAUGCCCAGCCCGCCUCAAUCACAUCCUCCUCACCCCAGGUCCAAACCCCACCCCCAACGGACCCCCAGACACCACCCACACCCCCAGCCCAGACCACACCCCCAGGGCACCAAGCCCAGUGCCCUGGGGGACAAGGUCACCACCCCCAAAAUAGACCACUGCUCCUCCCCGUCCAGCUCUGAGGAUUCUGGGAUAAAUGCGCUGGGCGGCCAUUACAUGGAGUCAUGUGACGAGGGUUCUGAGGAAGAGGAGGAAGACGAGGAGGAAGUGGAGGAGGAGGAUGAAGAGUUAAGUAGUGAUGGAGAGUCUAGUCCACUAAGUAUGUGGAAUCAAGAUGAGUGUUCUCUGCUCUCUCCGUCCAAGUCUAUGGUGGAGAUUAUUGAGAAGAUCGAGACAACUGUGUGAGACAACUUGCACUGUCGCGUUGAAAUAGAGACGAUGAGAAAGUGACCUAAACCGGUUCAGCUUAGAGCCACACACACACACACACACACACACACACACACACACACACACACACACACACACACACACACACACACACACACACACACACACACACACACACACACACACACA